AUGUCUUCCGCCUCAGAUAUUUCUGCUUUUGAGCAUUCCGUUGAACCUGCUCCAGCUGAGACGCUCUUCAAGGAUAAAAAAUGGACCUACAUUCAGGAUUCCACAUCUAACACCGGUCAAUAUGCCGGACAAAUUCAAUUCAAUCUUUCUACCAUCUCGUCUCAAGCCGCGUUUGUGAAUUGGGAAGAAGCUGCCGGAGCAUGGCAAUUCAUUGACAGCGUUCAGGUUGUUAUUGACGGAACCACUGUACAAACGAAUCAAGUUCAUGAGAAUGUGAAUACAACGUUCAAGGCUAUCACUGAAACGGAUUAUAAUACUUACGUCAAACAUGGUCCAACAAGCAACUUUGUAUUGGAUGAAUAUUCUACUCCAACGAUUCAAGGGUCAAGCGGAGCAGCGCAAUCGCUUGAUAACUUGGCCACUUCGUCGUUUAUGACAGCUACAAAUAGCAUCGGUGAGUUUGGAUUGGCUAACACCUACUCGAACCGUGGAGCCGCUGAACGAUCGCUCUUUACCGCUCUUGACCAACAAAGCUCGAAACUUGCAUUCGAUGUUAUGGGAGGUAGUUCAAACCUUCAAGCCGUGUCGAAACCACAAGUCUAUGUGGCUCCUGCUGGCUCCGUUCCUGGUGGGUCGCCAUUUUACGUCGCGCAUUACUUGGCUUGCAUUAAGUUGCGGGAUAUUUCUGACUAUUUCAAGAAAUGCCCAAUGCAGAAGAAUACGCGCGGCUUCAUUUACCUCAAUUACAACAGCUCAUCUACUACUUUGAUUACAACUGGCACUGCUGGCGUUGUGGCUCCUUCUACUAUUGCUAGUUUGAGCAACAAUAUGAAUUUUGGCAACACUUGCCCAGUGCUGUGGAAUUUAAGUAGUGGUGCAACGACAACUGCUUUGGCCGGUGGCCUUGCGCUUCCUGCAUCUGCGAUCACGCUUACAAUUACUGCCGACGUUAAUGGAACCCCAACUGCAGGAACUGGUAUCACUCCAUCGCAAUCAUUUUCGCGUCUUCUCGUUCCAACGUACUCGCCUAACCCAAGCGCCGAUCAUGCGUUGGCUCAGAAGAAAACGUUUCGCUACUUCGAACGAAUCACGAACAAAUUCACUGUUGCUCCAGGCGCGUCCUUCACUUGGACGGUCAGCAAUGGCAUUGCUAAUCCAAAGCGUUUGAUCAUGCAACCUGUUAUUACCAAUCCAACGGCAGGUGCUACUGUAUCCGAUGUGAUCAAUCCAUUCCGUAGUCCAUUUUCGACAGUACCAGCUACGACAAGUCCAUUUGCUGCAUUGAAAAAUCUGCAAAUCACAGUUGGAAACGUCCCUAUCUGGAACAACCCCGUGAGUUUUGGAUAUGAUUUGUUUGUACAAGAGAUGUCAAAGUCGGGUGUUGAUGGUGGUCUCGACGAUGUUAUCUCGGCCGGUUUGCUGUCUCAGCGACAAUGGGAAUCACUUUAUCGAUUUGUUGCUGUAGAUAUUGGUCGUCGUCUCCCAAGUGAAGAUGGUGCGAGCAAGAGUAUUAUCGUGUCUGGUACUUCCAACUGCAACUACGCUCUCACCAUUUAUUACCACGUAUUGCGUGAAGUUGUUGCAACAGUCGAUACGGCUAUGGGUACGGUAUCGCAAGGACCAGUUCAAGGUUAG